AUGUCUAUUAGUUGCUACCUUGGUAUUAACAUUAUCGAGACCCUCUUCAAUCCGCCAUUUCGAAAGGAAAAUCAGCUACAAGGCACUUUUCCUUUAUUCUGUCCUUAUGGUCCAAAUGCAGGGUUUGAUUUCGAACGCCCAAGCCAAGAGUUUCUCCAUACAGAUCUUUGCACACAAGGCUUGGACAAAAUUUACUCAUAUCUCUGGCUAGCGGGGCCUCCACAGGCUGCUCAUCCUUUGCAUCGCCAGGCUAUCCUAGGCCGUACUAUUUUGAUCACUGAAAACCCAAGUGAACAUCUUGUUUGGGACAACGCACGAAUAUUCAUUAAGCCCCUGCCAGAAUACCUCCUCAACCAUGAUUUUUGGAGCGCCAAAGGAGACGCUUUGAUCCAAAGUAGAGUACUAUACGAGUCCGCUUGUGGACUUCUUUUGUCAUACUGCUGGAUUAUACGCUCCAAGUCCGACCUGGCUAUUGCUCACGACGCCAAUCUCCUUCCCUUGACUAUUAAAUGGGAGACGUGGAUUCUUUUUGUUGCAGAUCUACUCUUGAAUAUCAAUUGUGAGACACUGAAUUCGAUAUCACGACGCUAUCACUUUGGAGAACUUCGUCUUUCUCGUCUGAAUCUCAUAUACCGGCUUGCACCAGAAGUCUUUUCAUUGCGCAACUUCGUUCGAGGCUUCAAGUCUAAGCCGAGCUCUUCAAAAGUGUUUUUAGAGCGAAACUUCACAUGGCUUUUUUCUCUUUUUGGGCUUGUUAGUAUUAUAGCAAGCUCGAUGCAGGUUGGAUUAGGGACUGGGUUUCUUCAGGGCAAUGGUGCGUUCCAAAGAGCUUCUGUGGUAUUCACAACUGCGAGCUUACUGUUGGUGGCGCUGGGCAUGAUGUUCAUUGGAUCUAUUUGGUGGUUUUUGCUCUUUUAUAAUAUUACAUGGGCAAGGAGUAAUUUUGCUAUUGUAGAGGGGAAAAGACAGGCGAGGGGUUAA